AUGCAGAGUGACGAAGUGGUUUGGCAGAUCAUAAAUCACGGACACUGCAGUUACAAGGUGACCACUGACUCGUCCAACUUCUGCAAGAACGGUUUCAACCUAACUGGGUUGUGCAACCGAAGCUCCUGCCCUCUGGCCAAUAGUCAGUACGCGACAGUCUUAGAAGAGAAUGGUGAACUUAGUUUGUAUACGAAGACCGUUGAGCGAUCGCAUACACCCGCAAAACUAUGGGAAAGGACACGGCUCAGCGUGAAGUACGACGAGGCCCUGGAACAAAUAAGUCGAAGUCUGAAUCUCUGGCCGAAGUUUUUGGUGCACAAGAGCAAGCAACGGCUAACAAAAUUGACACAAUUACUCAUACGCUCCAGAAAACUGAACAAGGUAGCGAGGCAAAAAGUUGAGACGAUACCAGCUGGGCAUGCGCAGCGAGAUGCCAGAGCUGAGCGCAAAGCGCAAAUAGCCGCACGUUUGGACACAAGUGUAGAAAAGGCGCUGCUGGAACGUCUAAAAUCUGGCGUUUAUGAGUCUACUUAUCAAUUUUCCACAUCGAAGUAUGCACCUCUGUUUGAGGAAACAAUUUCUGCAUCAGCUGAAAGGUCUGAGUCACCGAAUGUCAAGAAGCGCCGACGUCGUCAGAAGGAGAUAGAGUACGAGCAAGUCAGGUCACUCAUGUGA